AUGCUCUCUAGGUACACCGCGCACGCGCUCAGGCAGACGGCCUCGCGCUCGGCCGUUCAGGCCAGGAGGGGGAUCUCAGUCCAGUCUUUGCUGCAUGGGUCCCCCGAGGCCCAGGAAGAGGGCGACGUCUCGAUCCAACAGCACUCGCGUCUUGUCGCCCGUGGCAAGUACGUGCACGGUCUUGAAAUCCACAAGGUCAAGCCCGACGCCGUGAAGGAGUACAAGAAGGCUGCAGAGGCGUACUACACCGGGAUCAAGGAUGACCCGGAACUCCAUGUGAAGUUGACCGGAAGUUGGGAGUCAGUUGUGGGCGAACAAGACGUGUUUUUCCACAUCUUGGAGUAUGAGAAUUACUGCGGGUACGAUAAGACGACCCAGAAGAUCAGAACUUCGGAGCACGCCGACACGUACGGGAAACUGAUCCCACACCUGACCUCGCGUUCGCAACAGCUUUGUCAGGAGUUUGCGUUCUUCCCGACGACGCCUCCUCGCAUCGAGGGCGGCAUCUUCGAGCUGCGAACGUAUCAGCUUCACCCAGGCACGCUGUUGCAAUGGGAGCAUACCUGGCGUAAGGGCAUCGAGGCACGCCGGAAGUUUGUCGAGCCUGUUGGAGCCUGGUUCUCGCAAGUGGGCCGGCUGCACCAAGUGCACCACAUGUGGCAGUACCCGGAUCUGCAGAGUCGCAAAGACAUGCGGGAGAAGGCGUGGAAGAUAGAUGGCUGGUCGGAGACGGUCUCGAAGACCGCAGAGUACUCGGCGCUCAUGGACGCAAUGAUCCUGGAACCGUUGCCCUUCAGCCCGCUCAAGUGA